UACCUGUUCAAACUGCUUGUAGAAUUUAGUUGUAAGAUGGACGGAAGCAACCUCUACUGUCAAACGCCACUCAUCGAAAGCCUCCCACUAUCCAAACUAGCGGGUAGAGAAGUGUAUUUGAAACUGGAAAAUGCGCAACCCACCUCUUCCUUUAAACAACGAGGCCUGAGUUUCAGAGCGUUGGAGAUUUUUAAGGAGGGCUAUAGAGACGUAGUGAUUGCUUCCGGAGGAAAUGCUGGUAUGGCUAUGGCCUACUGCGCCAGGAAACUAGGGAUGGGAGCCACCAUAGUCGUACCGGAAGCCACCACGAUGGCGACGAGAACGAAAUUAGAGCAGCAGGGCGCCAGGCUACGUAUUCACGGAAGUAACUGGACCGAAACGGACAAGAUGGCAUUGCAGAUAGCCAAAGAAACAGGAGCAUUCUACAUUCAUCCUUUUCAUCCCACCAUCUGGAAGGGAAAUGCUGUAAUCGUCAGUGAAAUUUAUCAGGAUAUUCCUUCUAAACCAUCGCUCAUAGUGACCUGCGUGGGAGGAGGCGGACUCCUCUGUGGCAUAGUGGAAGGAUUGAGAGACGUCGGUUGGGAUAACGUGCCGAUCGUCGCCAUGGAAACUAGAGGUGCAGAGAGUUACAACGCGUCUAUCAAAGCCGGUAAAUUGGUUACGCUGCCAAAAAUUACGAGUAUCGCAACAACUCUGGGAGCCUGUACGGUCUGUCCGAAAUCUUUUGAGUACGCAAGCAUCCACAAGAUAAUAUCUGAAGUCACUGAUGAUGCCAGAGCGGUGUCCUCAUGCCUAAAAUUUGCAGAUGAUCACAAAAUGUUGGUGGAACCCUCGUGUGGCGCAUCGCUCUCUGCCGUGUAUGACGGCUUCGUGUCUGACCUAAUUGCAAAUGGCCAGCUGAAAAGAGAGGGUCCGGUCGUGGUGGUGGUGUGCGGAGGAAACGACGUGAGCCUUAAUCUGUUAGAAAAAUGGAAAAGCCGGUUUUUGAAUAAUGUGUAAUGAACAAAUGUACAAAAACACACAAUAAAAUAUUUUUUUUGUUAAUUUA